UUUUCCCAUUUUUCCCCCUUUUUUCCCUUUACCUGCCCUCUCCCUUUUUCCUUCUUUCCCUUUUCCUUUUUUUUCCUUUUCCCUUUCCCCUGUUUUUCCCCCUUUUAUCCCUUUUCCCAUCCCAUUCCCACUUUUUCUCUCCCCAUUUCCCACCCUUUCCCAGGAUUUUCCCUCUCUCCCCCGAGCCCUUCCCAAGGAAUUCCCGACCCCAAUUCCCAAUUCCCCGAUCGCUGGAACUUCUCCUUCCCUGCAGGAUCGGGAACGGGAUCGGGAUUGGGAAUGGGAUUGGGAACGGGAUUGGGAAUUCCGACCCCGCUGCUGCUCCUGGUGCUCUCCACGCUCCAUCCCAUAAUAGGGACCAUCCCUGAGCCUCUGCUGGUGCUGGAGGGUUCGGAGCGGGCCGGGAUCCGGCUCCGGUGCCUCUCGGAGCAACCUUUUCCCGAAAUCCGCCUGCUCUGGAGCGGUGCCGACGGCCUCAACCUGACGGGAAUUCCGGCUCCCACAGCCGACGGGAACGCUGGCAGCUCGCUGCUGCUCCGGCCAGGAUUCGGGAACGCCGCGUCCUGCCGGGCCCUGGAUCCCAACCUGGGCACGGCCGCGGAAUCGUCCGUGGUCAUCGCCGACGUUUUCUUCCCUGCCCCGUCCCCAUGCCUGGCGCCGUUCCUGCUGCUCCUGCUGCUCGCGCUGAGCCUGGCGCUGGCGGCCGCCUUCCGACUGCGCCGGAACCGCCGCGCGCUGGCCCAGGACCGAAAAUCCCAGCAGCGAAUCCAGGAGGAGAUCGAGGAGCUCCGGAUGGAACUGGAGAGUCGGGAAAUGGCGGCGACCAUCGAGCUGCUCCAGGCCCAGCUCGACUUCCGGCACGCUCAGAGCUACGCAGUGUCACUGACCCUGGAGCGGCAUUGCCGGGCCCCGGCCGUGGCUCGGGAAGGCUUUUCCCGAGGGAAGCACUACUGGGAGGUGGAGCUGGGCCAGGAGCCGGCCUGGGAGCUGGGGGUGCUGGACCAGCAAACUCGGGAUUCCCUUCAGGAUUCCCCACCCUCCAUGCCCCAGGACAGGCCUGCAGUGCUGCGGUAUUCCCAGGGGGAAUUCCGGCUGCCGGGAGGGAAGCUGCUCAGGAAUUCCGGGCGCUGCCGCGUGCUCGGCGUGCUCCUGGACCAGGAGCGUCGCCUCCUCUCCUUCUUCGACGCCGAGGAAAAGCGACGCCUGGGAUCCGUGGCCCUGGAAACGCCCGGGAAUCUCUUCCCGUUCUUCAGCCCGGCACGCGCCGGGAAUUCUCCGGGGAUCCGGAGGUGCCGGGACCAGUCGCCACUGGAAACAGAAUUCAUGUCCGGACAGGGAAUUGCGGCCGAUUCCGUGUCCCACGUGUCCCUCCGCCCUCCAAUGAAUUCCUGA